AGUUAAGGAUAAUGUCGGCAAAGUAUUGUCUGGUCUUAAGCUACUUUUUCGAUACAAAAAACACAAUUUUUGAAAUCUAUUUGAAUUUUUUCAAAAAAUAAACAUACAUUAUUAAAAUAAAUCCACCUUAUUACAUCCAAAUUACCUUUUCUUAAAGAGGAAUUUUCUAAUAUUUAUAUAAGGAUUGUUAUAUAUCCUUGCGAAUAGUAAAGGAAGAAAUGGUAUUUUUCCUUCAGAAAAAUCCUGAAAUUUGAAAUACAGUUUAGUGUUGGUAAACAUUGAUAGUUUUAUGCACAACAAGACGCUCUAUUUUUUAAAUUUGUAUCAAUAAUCCUUGCCCAAAAUGCAUCCGAAAUAUAAGCUGCGGCCCAGUUGACGGUUCGUUUACGCCUCAACACACAAUUUGUUCACACAUUUUCAGGGCGUUUUUUUCUGCAUUUUCGGUACCAAAUCUUAUUAAAUAUCAGAAAUUUGGCCCAUACAAUGGCGUCCGAACCACGACCUGAGGUGAGGUUCGACAUCAAGCUGCUGUCCGCCAAGACCGUUGUGAUGGUGGAAUGUCCUGGCUAUGAGAGUGAACUGUUCAUGCCGCAGAUUGUCAAGGGACGGAUCACCUUCCAAAACAUCAUACCGAACCGCCGAUGCUGCCCGGAGAGCAUCAUGUUGUCGGAGCAAUUCGUCCUGCGUGGUGAAGUGGGCGCUGGUACCAGGCUGGUGGCCGGCACGCCGCUGCGUUCCUCCCAGGCGGCCAAUCUUUCACCGCUGGCCAGGAGUACACCGUCCAGUGUAACAAGUCUGAAAUCCCGGGCCAGCCGAGAAAAAAAUCUCCAUGCGACUCCGGAGCUAGUACGCUGCCGUCCCAUGAAACAUUCCUCGCUGGGCGAGGUAGAAAUUGAUUUGGGAGAGGGGUAUAUGCCGCCGGACCUGGAAGUGACGACCGGCAGCUUGCCAUCCCCUGGGGCCCGGUUGUCAUCUACAUACCACAGCCCAAGUCUGCCCGAAUCAAAGCUGUCUCCGCCAGCUGGUCCCAGCUACAAUCUUGUCGCGGCCCAGCUAAAAGAGUCGCUAAGCAAUAUAACUCAAAAGAAUCCUGUACUGCGCACCUACUCCCGCAAAAAAGCUGAAUCGUCUGGGGUAGCCAAAGCAACUGUGUGGUCCCCUAUCAACAAGAAGAAAAAGGAAAAGAUAUCGUUAACAAAGGCACCUAGUCCCACCGUGAAAGUUGAAGUGCGAAAGCGAAAACUUAUAGUGGACACCAAGAAAUCAAUAGCCGCCCACGAUCCCAACAAAAUUGCACCUAUACCGAUCACAAAAAAGAAAAUCAUCCGCAAGCAGGUGACGGGCAAGACGCGAAAACAGUUUGAGGCUCUCAAGGCGACUGCAUAUGAUUUAUUGACGAAUCCAUCACUAAGUCAUAUGUCCUCGGAUCUGUGCAAGCAAUUUCAGUUGGCAUGCAUGGACAAGUGUGCCACCACGCUGCCCAAUUACGCCGAAGUGGCGGUAACCCCGCCGCUAGAACUGGACCGUCAGGUGAAAUCUCUGAUGGCCAAACAGAAGCGAAUGGAUCGGAAGGAGCAGAUUCCUAAGAGUGUAACGUCAAUAAUGGGCAAACGCAUUUAAAGAGAAAAUUCUCUGAACCUAAUUAUGCUGGCAUUCGCAAAGUACUUGAAAGUGUAAUAUAUACAAUCGUCAAAGGAUCUCCUUAUUGUUGUCCAUUAAACAUAAGACUAUAUUAAUGAAGUGACAUUUUUAUACAA